AUGGAUGAAUAUCUUGAAAUGAAAGCAAGGCAAGCAAAGAUUCGAGCUAAACUCGAAUGUAAAGAUCAAGGCGAUGAAGCCAUUUCUAAAAGAUUGGAGUUCCUACUUACAAAAGUUAAGCUGAUGGAAGAUUAUGCACAAGUUCUGAGCAAAGAAAAGACAGAUCAAAGAAAGGCGAUAAGAAAAGAACUUAUUGCAUAUAUCAUGAAAGAAAAAUUUUAUCCAGCUGAAGAAAGCCAAUUUGAAGAAUGGCCAAUAGUGGCUCUGAAGCAUGAAGCAAACAGGAUUGAAAGGAUUAAAGGUGACCCAAGUAAGAAGAAGACAGCUCCAAACUGGAACAAAUAUAAAAAGCUAAUUGCUGAUCUUACUUCUGAAUAUAAAAAGAGGAAACAGGAAUUGGUAGAUGCUAAAGUAGACACUGCUGAUGCCAUAGCAAAAUGUCAUGUUGUUGAUAAAGAGACGAGGAUAAUUCUAUCAUUUUACUCGAUGGGACGGAUGGAAGGUUUAUGGGGGGAUGAUUGCAUGGAGUUUAAGCCAGAAAGAUGGUUUUCAAAAGGCGUGAAUGGGAUUGGGAUUAAGCAUGAACCGUCGUACAAGUUCCCUGCGUUUCAUGCUGGCCCGCGGACGUGUUUGGGUAAAGAAAUGGGGAUGAUUUAG